GUUGUUUCUUGUCUGUCUGCUCUGUUGUUGACGGGAGGUGACACUCGACUGUGACUGUGACUGUGACUGUGACUGCACUGCGACUGCCUACUCCAUUCAUCGCUACAUUCAAUACCUCAGAUCUCAGGUAUGCAUCCUCAACCCCCCGACGUUAUGAUCACGUCCAACAGUCCAGUCCAGUCUGUCAGUCAGUCAGUCAAUCAGUAGACUAAUCUCAUCUCAUCCUAUGACUCUUCAGAUCUGGACCAACCGACCGCCCCACCUCGCAGCGUCGAUCCACCAUUAUCACCACCACCACCAUGUCCAACACGGUCAUCCAAACAGUCGAAGACCCCAUGCGGUGCGAACUAUCCCGAAAACCCAACCCCAAACCCAAAUCCCAAACAGGGGGCGCAGGCAGCGACUGCAUCCUCAAGCGAUUCUCGCAAUGGCUCUGGCCGGCCUGGAUGAUGGCGGGGCCGGAGACCCGCGACUCAUUAACAGAUUCAACCAACCGGGCAACAAAGAAAACUAGCACAUUCAUCUCUACCUCAACCUCAUCCUCUCCCACCUCCGCCUCCGCCUCCGACACAAAAUGGGGCUCGACGUGCGAUCGCCAGAAACCGCGCUGUUCGCAUUGUCUAGACCAGCAGAUCCUGUGCUUCUACGUGGCGCCGCCGGUGCGGCGCUCCACGACGAUGAAGCGCGCGGCGGUGUCUGCGGCGACAAAGGCGCGGGCGGCGCAUGUGGAGGUUGUGAAUUCGAAUUCGACGUCGAGGGGGUUGUUGGCGAAUUAGCGGAGAGGGGCGGGGAUGGAUGGAUACAUGGAUCGAUCUUAUUGGACUACUUUAUGAUUUACUUAGCUGUUAUAUACAAAUUUCUUUUCUUUUC